UAUAUUUUUACCGUAAAUAAAUUUGUAUUAAUUUUAAAUUUUUAACAUGGCUUUAAACGAUAAUUGUCAGAUAAUGAAAGAGAUAGCAAAAACUGAAGAAGCGCUAAAAUCGACAUACGCCCGUGUAGAUUUAUUAGAAAAGCAAUUAUAUGAUAAAGAUUUACCAGAAAGUAAGCAAAAGGAAAUAAAAACUGAACUGGACGAAGUAAGAAAGUUAUUGGCCACAAAUGAAGAACAAUUGGCACAUCUACGAACACAUAACAGAAAGUCGUUUGUGUUUGUGGCUUCCAUUAUGUUUAUAUUUUUUACGUUUUAUGUUAUGUAUGUGCUUAUGUUUGGAACUGAUAAUGUAUAGAGAACAGUUUUGAUGGUUUUAUCCUUGGUAUUUUGUAUCAGUAUUAACGUUGUUUUCCAAAAACAAUUGUAUUAAUAAACUGCCACUUUUAUUAAAUACAUUUUAA